CACAUUUCUCGUGCUUCCAACCUUCUGCGCACCUGCGCUGCACACCAAGAGUUCUCUACCCCGCGUCAUCGUGACGAUGGCACUAGAAACCUAAUCACAAGCGGAAACCAGCUCCGCCCUCCGACGCGCUCGACCGAUGGCUCCAAAGCGCCAGCAGCGAACGGCAAACUUCAAUCGUUGCGGCGUGCGCGGUGUUGCGGCGGCCCUCAAGAUCCUCGCCGAGCUCGAUGCGUCCGCGACAGUCCUCUUCGCGUCGGAUAACAGCUUGGGCGACGAUGGCGCGCGUAUCCUGUUCGAGGGGCUGCGCGAGCGGCGCCUCAAGCGCAAGCGCGACGCCCUUGUCUCAGGCGACGCCGCAGUGCUCGGCCUCGUCGACAUACACCUCGCCGGCAACGCGAUGACGGACAAGGGCGUGCUCCAUGCGCUGCGGUACGCGAGCGAGGACCACGUCCUCGAGAAGCUCGACUUUCGGAGCCAGGACAUCAAUCUGUUCACCGGUGUGGAUGAAAUGGCGGUGUAUCUCAACCUAUCGGCGAUCAACUGCCUCUCCUUCUCUGGCAACACGCUCGACGAGUGCGGCUUCUCGUACCUCCUCCGCACCAUCACUGUGCCCCUCUCGACGCUACACUUUGACGAGUGCGACCUGCGCACCUCGACAGCCGAGGCGAUCGCGCACUACCUCUCCUCGCCGGCAUCGCGGCGACUCGUGUCCUUCCACGCGAGCCACAACAACCUCGGCCUGGACGGCGUGUCCGUCAUUCUGUCGUUCAUCAACCGUUCCAACUAUACCCUGUCCGACCCGCUCUUCUGGUUCAACGCCAAGCCGCCGUUUAUCGAGGGCUACGCAGACAACGAUUACUGGCAAGAGCAGUACGUCGACGACUUCAUCACGUUCGACAAGGAGCUGCAGGACGAGGCGUUCCCGCUCGAGAUGCGCCCGCGCGAGCUCCAGCACUUCAUGCGCCGCGUCGAGGACCUGCAUCGCUUCGAGGACGUGCUCAAGAAGCGCAACGAGCGGUACGCUAUCCGCGUGCGGCAGGCGGCGCGGCGUGUCCUCGGCCCGGCGCGCGUCGUGCUCCUCGGGCGGGAAGACGAGGCCGCCGCCAAGAAGUCGACACUGCAUCUCCUCAACCUGCCCCGCGAGCUCCAAGUCAUGAUCCUGCGCUACCUCACCAGCCCGCCGGACUCGCCCGUCCUCUUCCUGUCCAACUCGCAGUGGUCGCGCGUGACGGCAUACGCGUCGGAUCGGUCAAAGUUACGCACUAUGGCUGCAAGAUCGCGCGCGACGCUGGAAGAGUGGAAAGCGGAGCGGCUCGAGGCGCAAGAUCCUGUCGUUCCGCUGGAUACGACGCAGGAGGCGCGGCAUGUGUUUGAUCGCGAGAUGCUCGACUACGAGGCCGACGUCGGGUGUGACUUGUUCGAGGGGUCAGAGUGAGUCUCUGCGCACAGUGUUGUACGUAUCCAUUAUUGUAACGGG